UCAUUAUUUCAAAUUGUGGUAUCUUCGAUAAUCAGUUGUUGUUAUUCACAUUUACAAAAACAAACUCAUACCGCAUAUAAAUACAACUUUGUAUCUGAUAUCUUACAACUGUGUUCUGCAAACUGCCCUCAUGAAGGUUGUCGCACUCUUUCUCUUGGUGGUGGGCUGUGCCAUCGCCGACCAGACCCCUCCUGGCACAUCGACUCGGCCGAUCCUAACAUCUAGCGAGGCUUCAAAUUAUCAAAAAUCAAACUACCUUCAGGGAUGGAGUCCCGAAAGUAUCAGCACCAGUAGUGCUGACUACACUGUGGGAAGUGGUGGAUACAGCACUAUUCAAGCUGCCGUAAAUGCUGCCAUAAAGGCCGGAGGCUCGUCAAGAAAGCACAUUAAAAUUAGCGCCGGAACCUACAGUGAAGUAGUCUACAUUCCCAGCACUAACGUACCCUUGACACUUUACGGAGCCGGAAGCAGCCCUUCAAAUACAGUAAUUUCGCUUAGCUUAUCAGCCCUCAUUUCUGGCUCAACGUAUAAGAAUAUGGUUGGAGGUUUGUUUUCAUCUGGUGAUCCAGCUUACAGCAUGUUUGAGAGUUGUGCUAGCAAAAGCGCUAUUGGAACCAGUUGCUCGUCUGUAUUCUGGGUUAAAGCAGCUAGCGUUCAAAUUGUGAACUUGACAAUCGAAAAUUCCUCUAAAAAUACUGGCACUGAUCAAGCUGUAGCUCUUCAAACCAACUCUGAUAAAGUUCAAAUCGAAAACAGUCGCCUCUUGGGACACCAAGACACGUUUUAUUCCGGAGGUGGUGGAACUACAACCCAAAGAAGUCAUGUCACAAACACUUAUAUAGAAGGUGACGUCGAUUUUGUGUUUGGUGGAGGUACUACUGUAUUUGAAGGAUGCACCUUCCAUGCCAAAGCUGACCGUAACAGCGAGGCAGUAGUAUUCGCCCCAGAAACUGACCCAAGCCAAACCUAUGGUUACUUGGUAGUGAGUAGCACCAUCACUGGAGACAAUGCUUAUGCCGAUUCAAGAAAAGUAUAUUUCGCGCGGUCUUGGGAUGCUGGAUUAUCAUCUGCAAACGAAUACGUAGCUGGAUCUUCACCAAAUGGCCAAGUGGUUAUCAGGGAAUCGACCAUCAAUGGAGUUAUCCCCACAAAGGCCCCUUACACUACGGCCACUAGUGGUAGAACUUAUUCGGGUAACGCCGGCAGCAGCAGAAACUUGAACGACGGUAAUUACAAUAGAUUCUGGGAAUAUGCAAACACCGGAAAUGCAGCAUAAGUUAUGACUAAAUAAAGAUUGAAAUUCGA